GAUGAGAGGCCGAGGGCUGGGAAUGGGGCGGGGGCAGAGAGAGAUGCAGAGAUGGCAGAGCUUAGCAGGCAGUGAGGUCAGAGUGUCUGUGAGGUCGGUUGCUGUCCAGGGCUGGCCUGGGGUCCUGGUGCCCAGAGUAGGUGGAUCCAAGGAGCUCAGGGGUCCCCCAGCCUGAACCACGGAGACCUGGGAGGGAGUACCCAGCGUGUCCUUGGUGCCCACAAACUCCAAGGCCCCUCCAGUACGGGUGAAGAUGUCGGCCCAGGACAGCUGCCUCAGCCUCAUCAAGUACCUCCUCUUCGUUUUCAACCUCUUCUUCUUCGUCCUAGGCAGCCUUAUUUUCUGCUUCGGCAUCUGGAUACUCAUUGACAAGACCAGCUUCGUGUCCUUUGUAGGCUUGUCCUUCGUGCCCCUGCAGAUCUGGUCCAAGGCCCUGGCCAUCUCAGGAAUUCUCACCAUGGGCCUUGCCCUCCUGGGCUGUGUGGGGUCCCUGAAGGAGCUCCGCUGCCUCCUGGGCCUGUAUUUUGGGAUACUUCUGCUCCUGUUUGCCACGCAGAUCACCCUGGGAAUCCUCAUCUCCACUCAGCGGAUGCGGCUGGAGCGGAGGGUGAAGGAAAUCGUGCUGGAGACCAUCCAGAACUACCGCUCGCGUCCGGAGGAGUCGGCUGCGGAGGAGAGUUGGGACUACGUGCAGUUCCAGCUGCGCUGCUGCGGCUGGAACUCUCCUCGGGACUGGUUCAGUAUCCCCAGCCUCAUCAGCAACGAGUCGGAGGUGCAUCGCGUGCCCUGCUCCUGCUAUAAUUCAUCGGCGACCAAUGACUCUGCAGUCUUCGAUAAGCUCUCCUUCCCCCAGUUCAGCCGGCCCGGACCCUUGGCGCGGCCCCGGCACAGUACUGACCUUUGCGUGGUUCCUGCAGACAGCAAUGUCUACAGCGAGGGCUGCGCGCGGAGCCUCCAAAAGUGGUUGCACAACAACCUCAUCUCCAUAGUGGGCAUUUGUCUAGGUGUCGGUCUCCUUGAGGUAAUUUGGUCCAGCCCCCACUCGCAAUUGGCCCUACAAUCCCUAGAUGGCCCUACCCCAAACCCCUGGGAAAGGUGCAAGCCUGCUAGAGCGUCAGCCCAUCCAGGUUCUCCUGCCUCUCCGCAUGUACGCGGAAGACCUACCCCUUGCAAGCCCCGAUUGGCUGCACGCAGGAAGUAGGCGUUCCCUCCCGCCCUUGCGAAGCUCUCAUUGGCCCUCCUUGGCGUUCCUGCCCCCUGCUCGUAGCAGCAAUAUCCCUCCCCUUUCCCUGCAGGUGAGUGUGGCGGGGCUGAGCCUGCUAAUCUUGCGCAGGGCGCUCUGCCGGGAACGCCAGCGGCAGGUGCUGGGCGCCUGUGGUUCGAGCCCCCGGCCAGGUCCCUGUGCUGAUGGCGGCGGCGGGCGCUGUGGUGUAUUGAGCAGCAGCGGGCGUAGCGGCGGUCUGUGGGGUGGCUGGGGCAUGGCGGAUGCCUGUCCCAACUGGGGGGACAAGUCCCCACAGGGCAAGCUGCCCGUGGCCCUGGGGCCCUGGCCGCUUUGGGAUCAAGAUGAGGAACAACCUGAGACCGGGAGCGCGGGCGAGGAGGUGGAGGUCGAGGUGGAAUUAGCGGCCAAGGCAGAGAGAGAGACAGAUGAGCCUCCAGAAUAAAGUACCCUGGGCUAGCUCCGGAUCUCACUCCUUCCCAGACUUUGAACCUGCGCUAGACGCAGCUGAAUACUCCCUACCCCACCCUGUUCCGUUUCUUUCCAUCCUCCCCACCCUCCGCAUCUUUGGUAGUCUACCCCAAGCCCCCAAAUUCCCAUCCCUGACCCACCUUUCUCAACCUGGCUGAGCUCCCCCUCUAACCUCACCUUUCUCCGCCCCUCCCAAAUCUCCACACUUAAUUUUCUUCCCCUGGCACUACCCCCUUUUUCUCCCUCGGAACACCCACCAUCCCUACCCCAGUCCCCCUCGCCGGACCCUGCGGACCUCUCUGACCAGGUCUCCUUUCUCUAUAGCUCAGCUUCAUGACGCUCUCGAUAUUCCUGUGCAGAAACCUGGACCAAGUCUACGACCGGCUCGCUCGGUACCGCUAGGCCCCAGUCUCUUCCCAAAGCCCCGCCCCGUCCCCUUCAAGUGCCCUAGGGGCUUCCCUGUGGUCUGUAAAUAUUUGUUCAAUCCCCAGUUCGCCCCAACCACUGAGUCCUCCACCUCCUCAUUUCCCUGGGGGACUCAGAUGUCUGCCUGCCCAGCUGCUGUCACCUCUCCCGCGGGACCUGGGCCUUCCGGCCACCAGCUUCCUGUCCCCAAAGAUGCCUCAUUUCCUUGCCUCAUCUUUCGGCUUACCACCUCCCACAGGAUUAUUUUCACCCAAACCCCAAAUAAAUCCCCUGCGUUUUGGUAAAAUAGUUUUAUCCUCUGUCAAAACACAAACCAACACACUUUGCUGGCGAGGGGAGGCAACACAGUAUAUAGCCUACAUCUUGUUGAGAAGAGAGGAUGAAAUUUAAAAGCCUCACCCCACAGCUUGUCCAGCUCAGAAAAAGUCACGACCCUAAUACCCACUUAUAAAUAUCUCUUGUUAUAUUAAAAAAAAAAUAUUUUCUGGGCC